GCAACCCUAGAUCCACGAGCUCCGAUGGGGUCCUUCCCGAGCUCGAGGUUUUAGGUUUUCGCGGUGUUCUCUAUAGAACCGGUCCGACCGGUCGCCAUAACUGGUCUGACCAGUCUGUGCACAGGGAGCCCAUUGGUGAAGAUCGUGUCGACGAUCCGCGCGUUCUAGCGCUUUCGAGUGUGUUGGCGCAAAUUAGUGUCAACAUAAAGUCUUUGCUUUCUCAUUUAAUUAUUGCUCUGCCCAAUUUCGGUCUGUAAUUGUCAUGUGCUUGCUACAUUAUUUGAAUGCAGUUUGCUUUUACUGUUACUGGCCUCAUAGUUAGGUUUAAUACAUCUUCUUUGUACUUAGGAUAUUGUUGUUAUGCAGUGAUCUUUUCUUGGGGGGUUGUCACUCAUUUUAUUCUGCCUUCAAAUUGCUCCUGCUGUUGGACUUUACUUCAGUUGCGAUCCUCACUUGCUAAAUUGCCUCAGUAUUGUUUAUUUUUUCCAGUGCAUUUAUUCCUCUGUGUGGAUUGCAUAGCUGUCUUGAGUUCUAUUUCGAUGCCUUCUAGAAGGCCAAAAAAGGCUGGGUCACCCGCGUCCGCAUCGUCUUCUACGUCAGCCCGCUCUUCUUUGUCUGUUCGCCGUGUGCGUGGUAGAGGUCCAGCGAGCUGUCGUGGCCGUCUUGUGCGUACAGGUCUUAUUGGAGGUCACCCAGCUGCAUUUUUAAGUGCAGGUCUGUGGUUUUUUAAGGAUCAUUUUUGCUCAGUAUGGCUCAUUCUAUGCUCGGUUGCUCCAAUUUUGUCUCCCUGCCCGAUGUUUGCUGUUGUUGGGUUGCUCACCUCUGUCAAUGUGUAUGGUUGUUCUUAUUUCCCUUUCUGCUCUAUCAGGCGCAGCCUCCACGGCUGUUCCUUCAUGGGGCAUCGUCGUCAGUUAGUGCCUCUCCUUCUCUCUGCUAUACAAUUCUCAGCCAUAUAAAAUUUCGAUCCUUUAUUCAGUCCAGCUAUGGUCAUGCUGUUAAUAUAGGAGACCAUUACUGUCCGUUGGUCCCGCGUGUUGACUCAAACAAGAAUCGUGCUAAAAGAAUGUGCUGUAAUAGAAUCAAGGCGGCAGCGAGGCAAGGUCCGUGCCUUUCCUCAUUGGCUGCGUGUUUUAUUUGUUCUUCAUUUAAUGUUUGCAAUGCCACCCACUAUUAUUUGUAGAUUGUCUUUAUCGUGCUCCUUUUGUUGAGCUUGUAUUCUCAUUUCCUAAGGAGUACAUUGAUAUGCUGAAAGGUGCGUUUGUAGAUGAUUUUGUGCAGUUAGGUAAUAUUCCACUAUUGUUUUUUGGCCGUAUUUGCAUUGUCGCGUUCUUUGGUGUCUCUGCAGCUAUGUAUUCUGAACGGUCUUAUUAUGGCGGCCCUGAUUAUGUGUGCCAAUACUGCUUUGCUGUUUUCUGGUACCAUGAGAGAAUACAAAACCAAAGUAAUCGCCAUCAAAUUUCUUAUAAGGGUUGCUGUCAUGGAGGCAGGGUUUCCCUACCUAAGCAUAGGGCUUUUCCCCCACUUCUUCAAGAUUUAGUGCGUUUUGAUGGAGGUGCACGGUCCAAUUCUUUCAUGCGACUUAUUAGGCAAUAUAAUUCGUUGUUUGCCUUCACCUCUUUGGGUGUUCAUGUUGACAAAUCUAUCAAUACCGGAGAUGGUCCCUAUGUUUUCCGUAUCAAUGGUGUUGUCCAUCACCGUAUUGGCUCGCUGCUUCCUGCUCCUGGAAGGCGUCCGAAAUACACGCAAUUGUAUAUUUAUGACACGCUUAAUGAAGUGCAGAAUGGGCUUGAUAUUUUCUCUGCUGAAGGCUCUGACCGGCCAGAUCCACAAAUUGUUGCUGAUGUUAUCCAGAUGUUAAAUGAGAAUAAUCCUUUGGUUCAUAAAUUUAGGAUGGCCCGUGAUAGGCUCUUAUCACCUACUGCGCCAGAAAUUGCUAUUAGGCUUGCUGGCACUAUAGAUGGUCAUGCUGAUAGGUAGUCUUUACCUGCAGUUCCUGAGUUGGCUGGCUUGCUUAUAGGUGGUUUGUCAACUAACGUUUCAUCCUUUGAUGUUGUUGUUGAGGCCCAUACAUCUGAGCUUAAGCACAUCUCUCCGAUUCAUCCAGCACUAAUGUCAUUGCAAUAUCCACUACUUUUCCCACACGGCGAUCCUGGUUUCCAUACUGGGAUAAUGCUGAAACAGAUAGAUGACCACCCUACUAGCCGAGACAAGGUGUCUAUGCUAUAGUACCACGCAUACUAUAUGCAUUAUCGUAGAGGAGAACCUAAUCCUGCUCUUUGUUGUGGAAGAUUAUCACAGCAGUACGAAGUUAAUUGUUAUUCCUGUGUUGAGGCCAAUAAGUUAGCCUUUUAUUUUUUCAAUCAAGAUUUGCUUCGCUGUGAGACCUACCAAGGUAUAUCCGAUGCAAUAUGUCGUGGAGCAUCAACAGGAAGAGAUGUUGGCAUUAAGAAGAUGUUACCUGCCAGUCAUAUUGGAAGUAAGAGAUACAUGCAGCAGAAUUUUCAUGAUUGCAUGGCUAUUUGCUGUGUAUAUGGCCCACCAGACAAAUUCACUACUUUCACUUGCAAUUCCAAGUGGCCUGAGAUUACCGAGGCACUUAGGAUUGAGCCAGGUCAGAAACCUUGUGACUGAGCCGACAUGGUUGUCUGAGUUUUCCAUAUGAAAUUGGAGGAAUAUCUUACUGAUAUCAAAGAAGGACGCAUUUUUGGACCUGUCCGUGCAGUUGCACAUACAAAUGAAUUUCAGAAAUGUGGGCUGCCGCAUUCACAUAUCCUUGUGUGGCAAGUUGAGACAGGUCGUGAACCAUCUGCUUCCGAAGUUGAUAAGUAUAUUUCUGCUGAGCUUCCUGAUCCAAAGGUCGAUCCAUUGGGGUUUUCUUUGGUCCAAGAAUUCAUGAUUCAUGGUCCAUGUGGUGCAGCUAAUCCAAAAAGUCCAUGUAUGAAGAGUGGCAGGUGCUCAAAAAAUUAUCCAAAGCUCUUUCGUUCAGAAACGAGCUUUGAUUUGGAUGGAUAUCCUUUAUAUCAGCGCAGAGAUAAUGGCAUUCAAGUAUGGAAAAACAAUGUCCAACUGGAUAAUAGAUGGGUUGUGCCCCACAAUCUUACAGCGCUGAAGAAGUAUCAAGCACAUAUCAAUGUUGAGUCCUGCAAUAAAACGUAUCUUAUCAAGUACCUUUUCAAGUAUGUAAACAAGGGCUUCGAUUGUGCUAGAGUGGGAUUUCAGACAAAGCAAUCCAGUUCAGCUGUGCAAUCUAAUCAUGGACACAGUGCAUUUGUUCAGCAAGAGCCUGGUGAUGGUGGUGUAGAUGAAAUUGCAGAAUAUAUCAGAUCUAGAUAUUUAUCUUGCUGUGAAGCAACUUGGAGACUUUUUGGAUUUGAAAUACAUGGAAAAUUUCCUUCUGUUGAAAGACUCUUUGUGCAUCUUCCAGGAAUGAACUUUGUCACUCUUGAUGAAAAUGCAGACCUGCAAGAGGUGAUUGAUGAUCCUGAAUCAGAAAAGAGCAUGUUAACUGAAUGGUUCACUGCAAACCAGAUUUCCCAGCUGGGCAUGAUCUUACUUACUGUCAGUUUCCAACUAGAUAUACCUGGGAUUCGGAUAGUAAGACAUGGAAAGUUCGCAAGAGGGGCACUAAAUUAGGAAGGCUCAGGUUCGUGCACAUUAGCACUGGUGAAACGUUUUACCUUAGAAUGUUGUUGAUGGUAGUUCGUGGUGCCAGAAGCUAUGAGGAGGUACGCACCCAUGAAGGAAUUGUCUAUUCUACUUUCCGAGAGGCAUGUCAGGCUCGAGGCCUCAUUGGAGAUGACACUGAAUGGGCCUUUUUAUUCGAUGAGGCCAUUAUUUGGGCAACUGCAUAUCAACUGAGAAAUUUAUUUAUGACUGUUUUAGUGUACUGCGAUGUCGGUAAUGUCAGAGCUUUAUUUGAUAAGUAUUGGAAAUAUAUGGCUGAUGAUAUUGGCUACCGCCUUCGGAUUGCACUUGAUAAUCCAUCAUAUAUAGUGCCUGAUUCCGUGCUGCAAUCGGGUCUUAUGAAAGAACUCAGUGCUAUGUUCAGUAACAAUUGCCUUUCUAUAUCAUCCUAUGAUCUAUCCGUUUUAGGGAUGAACUCCAUGGAUGCCGGUGCUAAUAGACUUAUUAUGGAAGAAAUGUGCUACGAUAAGGUUGCAUUACUUGCUGAUUCAGUUAAGAUGGCUGCUUCCUUGAAUUCUGAUCAGAGGUUCAUAUAUGACUCUGUUAUUGAUGUUGUUUCCAAGUACGAAUCAUUUGUUUAUUUUGUUUCUGGACGUGGCGGUACUGGGAAAACUUUUUUAUGGAUGCCCCAGCAGCUGCUGUCACCUAGGUGAUACGGGUCUUGGUUGUUUGGUCUAGCUUGUUUCUUUUUCUUGUAAUAGUUGACUAGCAUAGUUACAGGCCCUUUUUUCUGUAACUCUUUGGGGAUCUUUUCCCCUUUAUUCUUCUUAAUAUAUUGAUACGCAGCUCU